GUUUUUAUAUAACCGAAUGGGAUAUUGGAGUGACUGGUCCAUUCCAAUACUUGUGACAACUGCUGCUGGCUUUACAUACAUUACAGUGUUACUGAUACUGGCAUUAUGUCACAUAGCUGUGGGACAGCAAAUGAACCUGCACUGGCUUCACAAGAUUGGCCUGAUGACAACCUUGAUAACUACUGUGGUGACCAUGUCAUCCAUAGCUCAGCUUUGGGACGACGAAUGGGAGAUGGUAUUUAUUUCACUGCAAGCCACAGCCCCUUUCUUGCACAUAGGAGCACUUGCGGCAGUCACAGCCCUGUCGUGGUUGAUCGCCGGGCAGUUUGCACGAAUGGAGAAAGCCACUUCUCAGAUGCUGAUGUUCUCUGCGUACCUCGCAGUUGUAGUUGCACUUUACCUCGUCCCCCUCACCAUCUCGUCCCCUUGCAUAAUGGAGAAGAAGGCUCUGGGACCAAAGCCAGCCCUUAUAGGUCACCGUGGAGCACCGAUGCUGGCACCAGAAAACACUCUGAUGUCCUUCCAGAAGGCGGUGGAGCAGAAGAUGUACGGAGUCCAAGCUGAUGUUGUACUGAGCUAUGAUGGAGUGCCAUUUCUGAUGCACGACAAGACACUCAGGAGAACGACAAAUGUGGAUGAAGUGUUUCCAGAACGGGCUUAUGAGCACUCCUCCAUGUUCAACUGGACCGACCUGGAAAAGCUCAAUGCUGGAGAGUGGUUCUUAAAAAACGACCCUUUCUGGACGGCUGGGUCUCUCUCAAGGUCUGACUACUUGGAAGCUGCCAAUCAGUCAGUCUGCAAGCUGGCAGAUAUGCUGGAGGUGAUCAAGGACAACACAUCGCUCAUCCUGAACUUCCAGGACCUGCCGCCAGCUCAUCCCUACUACAGCACUUACAUCAAUAUCACCCUGGAAACCAUCCUGGCGUCGGGAAUUCGGCAACAGGCUGUGAUGUGGCUGCCGGACGCAGAGAGGCAGCUGGUCAGACAGAUCGCGCCGGGUUUCCAGCAGACUUCUGGCCUCAAGCUGGACGCGGAGCGCAUGAGGGAGAAGGGCAUCGUGAAGCUCAACCUGCGUUACACCAAGGUCACGAAUGAGGAUGUCAGGGACUACGCCAUGGUGAACCUAAGUGUGAAUCUCUACACUGUGAACGAGCCCUGGCUAUACUCCAUCCUGUGGUGUGCCGGUGUCCAGUCGGUCACCUCCGACAGCUCCCACAUCCUUCGCAAGGUGCCUUUUCCCAUCUGGCUAAUGCCUCCAGACGAGUACCACCUAAUCUGGAUCACGUCUGAUCUCAUUUCAUUUAUCGUAAUUGUAGGAGUUUUUAUAUUCCAGAACUAUCACAUGAUCAGGUGGCGCUUAGGAAGCAUCAGGACCUACAACCCGGAGCAGAUCAUGCUCAGCGCUGCUGUCCGCCGGUCCAGCCGGGACGUCAAGAUCAUGAAGGAGAAGCUGAUCUUCUCAGAGAUCAACAACGGCGUGGAGACCACGGACGAGCUGUCUCUCUGCUCCGAGAAUGGUUUUGCCAACGAGAUGGUCACCCCCACGGAUCAUCGGGACACCAAGCUGCGGAUGAACUGA